AAAUUGAUCAAAUGGCAGCCACAAUUGUAUGUAUUAUUUUGAAAGUUGUAACCGGAACCUUUUAAGAGGAAGCUGACUUGACUGCUCCUCAAACAACUCUUUCACACACACUCGCUCACACACACAGAGGAACAUUUCCCAACCACUGGACGUUUCCCGACAUGUUGUUCAGUCCAACAGGCGUGUCGGAGUGUUUUCGAGAAUGGGGCGACAUAGAGAAGGACUACCAACAAAUUCAAGACACCCAUCGCCUCUAUAAACUGAAACUUGAGGAAGUCACCAAACUGCAAGUCAGCUGCACCGCUGCCAUCGAGCGUCAGAGGAAGAAGCUGAAAGAGCUCUCGGCAUCACUAAAUGAGUGCAAGGCCAAACAUCCAGAGCAAAAGUUAAGUCCGGAGGAUGUGGAGUCUAUCUCUGACAUCGAGGUGUCAAUCGGAGAGAGAGACAACACUUUCUCUGAGAUGGAAGCCUUCCUGCCAAAGAAGAACGGGUUAUACCUCACUCUUGUUUUAGGAAAUGUCAACGUUACGCUCCUCAAUAAGCAGUCAAAAUUUGCUUACAAAGAUGAAUACGAGAAAUUUAAGCUGGUCCUCACCGUCAUCCUCUUUCUCUUCUCCUUCACGUGUCGCUUUUUGUUCAGCUACAGAGCCUUAGACGCCAUGUUCAACUUCCUCCUGGUGUGGUAUUACUGCACGCUCACCAUCCGCGAGAGCAUCCUUAUCAACAACGGCUCACGGAUCCGAGGCUGGUGGGUGUUCCAUCACUAUGUGUCCACCUUCCUGUCGGGAGUCAUGCUCACGUGGCCGGAGGGGACCCUGUACCAGAUGUUUCGGAACCAGUUCCUUUCAUACUGCUUGUAUCAAAGCUUUGUGCAGUUUCUACAGUACUACUACCAGAGCGGCUGCUUGUACAGACUACGAGCGCUGGGAGAGCGACACAACAUGGACCUCACUGUUGAGGGCUUCCAGUCAUGGAUGUGGAGAGGCCUUACCUUCCUGCUGCCAUUCUUGUUCUUUGGUCACUUCUGGCAGCUCUACAACAGCAUCACACUUUUCAAGAUGAUCCAGCUCCCAGAAUGCAAAGAGUGGCAGGUUGCCAUGUGCGGCUGCUCCUACAUGGUGCUCUAUCUGGGGAAUUUCUUCACCACACUGGGCGUGGUUUACCAGAAGUACAUGAAGAACCAGGACAACAAGUCUAAGUCCUUGUAGGACAAUCUGUUGUUCCCUGCACCGUUUUACUGUUAAGCUUAUCAGUGCGUCAGUUUGUUGGUCAAACUGUCGUUUUGCUGUAGAAGAAUGUUACUCAAGUGUCCUUACUGGAUGUGUUUCUGAACAAAACACCUAAAAAAUAUGUUUCUUGGGGUAAAAAAAUGGGUAGUUUGCAUCUCAGCUGCUGCCAUGUUUAUUAUUAUUAUUAUUAUUUUCCUUCCAAAAAGUGAAUAAAAGCACUCCUUCAUGCCACCCUGCUUUAGUGUUGUUGCUCAACGCUAAUUUCAUGCCGCAUUUUUCUUUAUGUAUU